AUAGAAAAGGAUUGUUCGGAUGAGGAAAUUAAACAAAGUUAUCGGAAAUUGGCAAAACAAUACCAUCCCGAUUUAAAUCCAAAGGCAAAUCAAGCGGAAAUUACAAGUAAAUUUCAAGAAAUUACUGAAGCCUACGAAUUGUUAUCAAAUCCAGAUAAAAGACAACAAUAUGAUGCCUUUGGAGAAUCUGGAUUGAAUAGUCAGAAUUUUGACCAGACUGAUUCUGUUAUGAAUCCAUUCGAUAUGUAUCUAAAUCAGUUUGGAUUCUUUCAAUCAUUAUUUGGAGGACAGAAACCAAAUGCCUCAACAGAGGAACCGGAAGAGGAAAUGGUAAUCGCUAUUGAAGUGACAUUAGAGGAACUCUAUCAUGGAUGCAAGAGAGAAUUUACCAAAAAGAGGAAAAUCCUAUGCAGAACUUGCAAUGGCACUGGAGCAUUCUCAAAUGAACAUGUUUUCUAUUGUAAGGCAUGUAAAGGAACUGGUAGAAGAAUUAUGAGAAGAACUCUACCAAGAAAUAUUGUACAACAAUUCUCUACCAUCUGUAUGGAUUGCGAAGGAAGAGGACAAUAUGUCACUAAAAAAUGUGACACUUGUAAAGGAAGAAAAUUGGUGAAUGAGGUAAAUACUGUAACUGUAAAUGUGGAACCAGGCACUGCUGAUGGAGAGCGUAUCGUUUUGAAAAAUCAAGGUGAUGAAUGGCAAAAUAAGAGCACUGGUGAUAUUAUCUUUCAAAUUCAUCAAAUUCCUCAUAAGGAAUUUCAGAGAGUUGGAGAUGACUUGUUAAUUAAUAGAACUAUUACAUUAUUGGAAGCUCUGACAGGAUUCAAUAUUACUCUGGACUCUAUUGAAAACAAUUCAAAAAUUGUGGUCAAGGUUGAUGAAGUCAUUCAGCCAGGUCAAAAGAAAGCUAUCCCUGGAAAAGGAAUGCCUAUUAAAGGCAAAAAAGGACAAUAUGGAAACCUAGUUGUAUUAUUUGAUGUAAUAUUCCCUGAACAUUUGAAUAUGGAAAUGAAAGAAUACCUCAAAAUUAUUCUCAAUCCCAAAACCAAAGAUAUGAAAAAGAUACCAACCCUCAAUACCCUUCAACCCAACAAUACUAAUCAUGGUGAUAUUCCAGCAUUCGAAAUCAAUAACACAAAAGGAGGGUCUGAAAAACUUUACUCCUUCCUUCCUGGACAUUAUGGAAAUAUUUCUCAAGUGGGAGUGAAUAGUAAUUCACACUCUUCUGCCAAUUCUCAAUCCUCUCCUAGUAAUGAUGGAGGAAUUUUCUCCUUUUUGAAAAACAAGGUUUGUUUCUUCAUUUACAUUUCAAGCUCACUACCAAUUGGUAUUCAAUUAACAACAACAUAA